AUGGAAGGAAGGAAGCAACUGGGUUCUUCUUCUUUUACUUCUGAGCUCUUUGGGUCUAACCAGUCCCAGAAAUCUUCUGCAACUGGAAUUUUUGAGUCUAUGUUUUCUCAACCGUCUCAGGUGUUAGGGAGAGAGUCUCUGCGUUCCGAAGUGAGUGAGAAAACUGCAAGUGACGGUUGGAGCUCAAAAUUUGAUAUUCCCGAUUACAGUACCAAUGGAAGUGGUGCUGAAACGCAGAACACAGCACAUAAGGAUAUGAGUUCUAUAUAUCAGGAACAAAAAGUUCAACCAUGUCAGCUUAGCUCAUCAAUUCAUUAUGGUGGCCAGGACAUUUAUUCUCGUCCUAAGAGUACACAGGAUUCAGGAUUUAACUCUUUGAUGUACAAGAAAGAUGGGGUUGAAGAUGAUUCGGGAAGUGCUUCAAGAGGAAACUGGUGGCAAGGGAGUCUGUAUUAUUAA